UCUUUUGGUCUGGGGGACUUGGUUUGAUUCCAUCAUGAUUUUGUUGAUUUGGAUUUGCUUUCUUUCUUUUGUUUUACUGGGCUAAGGUUCUGUCUAUCUUGUUUAGCUUUUCAAAGAACCAGCUGUUGAUUCAUUGAGUCUCGGUAUUGGUUUGUUUCUAUUUCAUUAAUUUUUGCUCUGCUUUUUACUAUUUCUUCUCCUCUCCUGGGUUUGGGUUUCAUUUGUCCUUGCCUUCCCAGAGUCUUGUGUUGGAAUGUUAAGUCAUUUAUUUCUGCUCUUUCUGAUUUUUUAAUGUAGGCCUCCUUCCCUCUAUGACUGCUUUUAAAGUGUCCCAGAGGUUUUGCUGUGUUGUAUUGUCCUUUUCUUUGAAUUCCAGGAAUACUUUUCUUUCUAAUUUCUCCUUUGACCCACACUCAUCAUUCCGGAGUGUGUUAUAUAAUCUCCAUGAGGUCGUAUAUUUCGUAGGACUUCUUGUGGUGUUGAUUCUAAGCUUAUUGCAUUGUGGUCUGAUAGAAGGCCUGGAAUUAUUUCAAUGUUCAUAAUUGGUCUUCUAAAUUCUGUGUCCUGGGUUAUCUCUAGGCGAUUCUCCUUGUAGAACUCUUGUAUAGGACUGGUGGGAACAUGAAGUUUUGGUUUUUUACAUUAUUUUACUUUUGCUUUUCUGGCAUGUGGAUUUCUUUUGUUGUUUGUGAUCCAGAUAUGAAUCUCAAACUUUCCUUUGUUUAGUUGGAGUCUGCUUCUGUUUGUAUUGUUGGUGAGCUUUGGUUGUUUUCUUACUGGGUAUGUAAAGGUGGUUGUUCUAGGUUUCAGGUUCUCUCAGAUUUUAUAUUGUAGGGAACUAAUGACUUCAUGUCAGCUACUCAGGAGCUCCCACAGAGGCCCACUUCAGGCUCUAGUAAGGUACAUUCAGGCUCCCUUUUGACCUCUGGACCCUCUACUAUCAGACACUCAAGGAGUAAUUCAGGAAGUUUGCUAAGGGGAGGCCCGAUUUUGGCCCCCCAAGCAAUCUGCUAAGGUCUCAUCCCCUACUGUAGUUCUAGCCCUGGUUAGCCCGGGCCUCACAUGGUCCCGAUUAGGGGGUUGGGCAUGGCAGGAUUAGGGAAGCUCAGCACCACACAGAAGCUGGAUCCAGGCAGUCUCAGGUGGUUUGCUGUGGUCUGGGUUCCUACAGUGGGCAGAGAGGUCUAGGACCUGGUAAAGUGGGAGAGCUUCACUUUGUCGCAGUGCAGGAGGUUGGGCAUGGCGCUAUUCGGGGAAGAUCACUGCACACUGAGGUCGGAUCCCAGCACUCUCAGGAGGUAUGCUCAGGACUUAGCCCCUACCUGAGUCCAUAACAGGGAUUCUAUGGCAACCAAUGGCAGGAGAUUCGGGAGAUAUUAAAAGUCCAGUAAUAAGCCAGGUGUGGUGGCACGCGCCUUUAAUCCCAGCACCUGGUGGCAGAAGCAGGUGGAUCUCUGUGAGACUGAGGAAAGCCUGGCCUUCAUAGCAAGUUCUAGGGGAGAUGGGGCUAGUGGGAGACCCUAUAUCAAAAAAAAAUUUUUUUCCAGUGAUGAACAUUAGGAAAUUUUGGAAGUGAGGCUGGAUCGGAAUGCUGAGAAAACCUCAGGUGUCCAUUAUGUCAGGUGGACAGAGUGGAAGGCAGGCGUGAGGCUGGAAUACCAGCCAGAGGAACUGGGUGUUGUUUACAGAGAUGGAAAGGGAACGGAAAUACAAACAGUGCUGUGGGAAGGGAGCGUGGAGAGAUGGCAUCGCGGCCUAUGGUCCAGAUGCAUAAGAGAAGAGGGACCCAUAUCUGGUUGUGUCAGAGGACUGCAUGUGAAUUAUCUGUAAGGACAGGGUGGGGCUUUCUAGUCACAUGUCCAGCUUGGAUGGUCUCCCAUCUCUCCAUCCACCUUCUGUUGUUGAGUGCUGAACACAGCAUUCAGGGGGACCUUGAGGACACACUGUUGCAGUGGCUCCAGGGCCUCGGAGGGAGAAAGCUAAGCAUGAGUGACUCUGUGAAACCCAGGGAAGGGGUUUCUUAGGACCUCAGCUCUCCCCAUUGUUACAGGGCCCUAUGACCUUUAAGGAUGUGGCUGUCUACUUCUCGAAGGCAGAAUGGACACUGCUGGAUGCCUCUCAGAGACUGCUGUACCGCAGUGUGAUGCUGGAGAACUUCUCGCUCAUGGCCUCUGUGGGACUUGUACCUUCUGGAACCCAAGAAAUCAGUCAUCUGGAGCUGUGGGGAGAGCCCUUCAUCCAGGCACUGGGAAUCAUGACUCCAGCUAUGUGGACAGGUUGUUGGAAUGGAGUGGAGGCUGAAAAUGUACCUGCUGUGCAGAGUAUUUCUACAGAUGAAGGACUCAGUGCGGCCAUUCCCCAGCAGCAAAAGCCGAGACGUGGUGAGAAGCCCUUACAAAUAGAAGAGGCCAGGAUCUCUGUAAAGAAGAACGGCACAAAACAUCAGUUGAAGAAUUUACAAAGCAGGAAUAAUGGGAUGGACGUGCAGCCCAGCCCAGGUCUUAGGCAUCAGCUGACUCGUGGAGUCGGGAAGUCAUCCAGGAACUCUAACAGUGGAGAGGCCUGUCCCAGUGGGAACAGCAACUACCAAUGCAGUGAUGGUGGGAAAACCUUUAGUCAGAAUUCUGUACUUACUCAGCACCAGACACUACACCCGGGAGAAAAGCCUUAUGAAUGCAGUGAAUGUAGGAAACGAUUUAAACAUAAAUCUAACCUUCUGGCGCACCAAACAAUUCAUGGUGGAGAAAGACCGUAUGUGUGUACCGAAUGUGGGAAAUCCUUUGGUUGCAAUAGUGACCUCAUUCAACACCGCAGCGUCCACACUGAAGAAAAGCCUUUUAGAUGCAGUGAAUGUGGACAGGGUUUCAAGUAUCACUGCAAACUCCUUCAACAUCACAGAAGCCACACUGGAGAAAGGCGUUAUAAAUGUGAAAAAUGUGGGAAAUCCUUUAUCCGAAAUUCUCAUCUCAAGGAACACUUAGUUUGUCACACUGCUGAAAAGCCUUUUAAGUGCCCUGAAUGUGGGGAAUCAUUCAGGUUCAGAUCCACCCUUAAACGUCAUCAUAUCCGCGUUCACACCGGGGAAAAGCCCUAUGAGUGCAGUGAAUGUGGAAAAGUGUAUAUGAGAAAAUACAGCCUUAUAAGUCACUGGCGAAUUCAUACUGGAGAAAUGCCUUAUGAGUGCAGUGAGUGUGGGAAAGUGUUUAGGGAGAAACCCAGCCUUAUAAGUCAUUUGCAAGGUCAUACUGGAGAAAAACCUUAUGAGUGCAGUGAGUGUGGAAAAGCAUUUAGGGGAAAACGUGGCCUUCGAAGUCAUAGGCUAAUUCAUACUGGGGAAAAGCCUUUUGAGAGCAGUGAAUGUGGGAAGUCUUUUACCAAAAACUCUUACCUUACAAAACACACAAACAAUGUUCAUAGCAGAGGACAGCAAUGAGUGUGGGAGUCUUUCCUGAACAUCCAGCCUCAUUUAACAUCAGAGAGUUCACACUGCAACAACGUCAUUUGAGCUCAGGGAAUGUGGGAAUGGUUUUCCUAGCACUUCUGGCCUUUAUAGACACUGGAAGAUUCCCAGGUGAUGGAUGCAUUGUGAGUGCAGUGAACACGGACAAUACCGUAGUUGUCUAAUGUAAUUCCCCAGCAGAGUGUCCACUGCACAAAAUGCUUCAGUGCUUCAGUUUGGAGAUCCUCUGCCCGUUCUUCCAUCUCUUUAGCCCCAGAGACAUCCCAGUGCUGGAAUGAGUCACACAGGCACUGAUUGAUCAUGGGAAAGCCUUUGAGCAAAGGUCUGCUCUCACUAGCAACAGUAACAACCCAGAUAUGUUUAUGAAUGCAGGGAAUGUAGAAAAGCUUCAGCCACUGACCAGCUUUGUUCAACCUUUGGCGUGAACCUGACCUAAAACAGAAGUUUUGAGGGUAGCCUUUGUGAGGCAGCCAGCAACU